UCGCAUCCAUGAACUGCAAUGUUAUCGUCGAAGGUUUUGUUUUGUUUUCUAGAUUGGUAAGUUUAUCGACGAAGGAGGCCGUUUUCAUCUAGGCAUUCAUUAACUUACCUAGAAGAUGGAAGGUAGGAAUCAUAGCAGUGACUCAUUGGCUUCUAACUCCUCCAACUCCAAGUUGGGACGCGAUUCUGCAUCGUCAAGUAGAGGAUCAGCAGUUAAAAGCCUUUCAAGUUCCACUUCAGCCUCAAAUGAAUACUUUCCUGAUUUUGAUUCUAAAAUCACCAUUAAAGAACCAUCUGUUGUUGACAGUCCUACACCUUUAUUGACAGGAGAAAAAAUUCAAGGAGCUGCAAGAGAUGUGACUUACUUGUGCCCCUUCAUUGGGCCAGUCAGGGGGGCAUUAACUGUAACAAACUAUAAAAUCUAUUUUCGCAGUUCAGACCGGGAACCUCCAUUUAUACUUGAUGUUCCAUUGGGUGUUGUCAGUCGAAUUGAAAAGAUGGGUGGAGCUAGCAGUCGAGGGGAAAACUCUUAUGGAAUUGAACUUAUUUGCAAAGACCUAAGAAAUCUGCGCUUUGCUCACAAGCAAGAAAAUCACUCGCGUCGAAAUGUUUUCGAGAAAUUGCAGCAACACGCAUUUCCCCUUUCACACCGAAUGGGUUUAUUUGCCUUUGAGUUUAAAGAAGAGUACCCUGAAAAUGGAUGGACAAUGUACGAACCUGUGGCCGAGCUGAAACGCCAAGGUUUGCCCAACGAAAGUUGGCGAAUAACCAAACUUAACGAAAAUUACGACAUCUGCGAUAGUUACCCAGCAGUCUGGGCCGUUCCUGCUGCAGCUACUGACGAGGAACUCCGCUAUGUUGCUUCAUUUCGUAGCCGUGGUCGUUUACCGGUUUUGUCGUGGAUCCAUCCUGAAAGCCAGGCAACUAUUACGCGCUGUUCACAACCGCUCGUGGGAGUAAGUGGUAAGCGCAGCCGGGAUGACGAGCGAUACGUCCAGCUUAUUCUUGACGCAAACGCUCAGUCACAUAAACUCUUUAUAAUGGACGCUCGGCCUAGCGUUAAUGCUGUGGCCAAUAAGGCAAAAGGAGGUGGUUAUGAAUCGGAGGAUGCCUACCAAAACGCUGAACUUGUUUUCAUGGACAUCCACAACAUCCAUGUAAUGCGCGAAUCUUUACGAAAAAUCAAAGAAAUUUGUUUUCCAACUGUGGACGACGUGCAUUGGUUGUCUGCCAUCGAGUCAACCCAUUGGCUCGAACAUCUCAAGUGCAUUCUUUCUGGUGCCGUCCGGAUAGUUGAUAAGGUUGAAAACCAUCGAACUUCGGUUAUGGUCCAUUGCUCUGAUGGGUGGGAUCGAACAGCCCAAUUGACUGCAAUUGCCUUGCUAUUGCUUGAUCCUUACUAUCGGACCCUACGCGGUUUCCAGGUCAUCAUAGAAAAAGAGUGGCUCAGCUUUGGACACAAAUUUGCCCAACGAGUCGGACACGGGGAUGAUCGACAUUCAGAUGCUGACAGAUCACCUGUGUUUCUUCAGUUUAUCGACUGUGUUUGGCAGGUGACUCGCCAGUUUCCUAGUGCGUUCGAAUUCAAUGAACAUUUCCUCAUUACUAUACUUGACCAUUUAUACUCAUGUCUAUUCGGCACAUUCCUAUUCAACACCGAACAACAACGGGUGAAAGAAGACGUGAAACAACAAACAGUUUCAUUGUGGUCUUUUAUCAAUAGCCACACUGAUGAGUUUAUAAAUCCGCUGUACUGUGCAGCCUACGUCGAACAACAUGUUCUAUUCCCAGUGGCAAGCUUGCGGCAGCUUCGGCUUUGGACCAAUUAUUACUGCAGAUGGAACCCCCGAGUCCGACCUCAGGAAUCUAUUGCCGCCCGAUCGCGAGUGCUUGUGUCUCUGCGCUCUCAUCUCCAACGACGAGUACAGGAAUUGCAGAAAGAACUAGAUGCCCGAUUGGCUCGAGGAUCUACUGCAGUUUCCCAGAGCAAUGAAGGACGUCCCACAGCAAGAGUAUCGUCUCCUAUCUACAGUUGAACAACUAGAUUAAUGUACCAUUCUGUUAUGAUAACCCGCAUACUUUUUAUUGGCUUAGUUUAUUGCCUGAGCAAGUAUUAAAAUUCACGAAGCUCGC